AAAUAUCACACAGAACAGAUAAUUAGUAGGAGAGAUCCAGUGUUACACCCCUCUCUUCUUCUUCUUCUUCUUCUUCUCAAAUCUAAAUCAAACCCUAAAAUUCUUCAAAUUCAGGAAUUAUUAUUUUUCUGAUCCACUCGUUUAAUCCGCAAACUCACGUUCCGAAAUUGCUGUAAUUAAUAUUUUUCGAUGGCGUGUAUAAAAGGCGUUAAUAGAUCGGCGUCGGUGGCGUUGGCUCCGGACGCGCCUUACUUGGCGGCGGGGACGAUGGCAGGAGCUGUUGAUCUGUCAUUUAGUUCUUCGGCCAAUCUAGAGAUCUUCAAGCUUGAUUUCCAAUCGGACAAUCGUGAUCUCCCCGUGGUUGGCGAGUCGCCUAGCUCGGAACGGUUCAACCGGCUUGCUUGGGGUAAAAAUGGAUCUGGUUCGGAGGAAUUCUCGCUCGGACUUGUGGCGGGUGGGCUUGUCGACGGGAGUAUUGAUCUCUGGAACCCUCUCACUCUGAUCCGUUCUGCUGGAACUGCGGGAAAUCCUGUUGUUGGACAUCUUUCAAGGCACAAAGGACCUGUUCGUGGUCUUGAAUUUAAUGCCAUUGCCCCAAAUUUGCUUGCCUCUGGGGCUGAUGAUGGUGAAAUUUGCAUUUGGGAUUUGACAGCACCUACUGAACCUUCUCAUUUUCCUCCCCUGAAGGGUAGUGGUUCUGCUGCUCAAGGUGAAAUUUCAUUUCUUUCUUGGAAUAGCAAGGUUCAACACAUAUUAGCAUCCACUUCCUACAAUGGAACAACUGUGGUCUGGGACCUAAAGAAGCAAAAGCCUGUAAUAAGUUUUACCGAUUCAAUUAGGAGGCGGUGCUCUGUUCUACAGUGGAAUCCCGAUAUUGCCACUCAGCUUGUUGUUGCAUCUGAUGAAGAUGGUUCACCUUCUCUAAGGCUUUGGGAUAUGCGGAAUGUUAUGUCACCAGUCAAGGAAUUUGUGGGGCACACCAAAGGUGUAAUUGCAAUGUCCUGGUGCCCAAUUGACAGUUCCUAUUUGCUUACUUGUGCAAAGGAUAACCGGACUAUUUGCUGGGAUACAGUUACUGGUGAGAUCGUUACUGAACUGCCAGCAGGAACUAACUGGAAUUUUGAUGUCCAUUGGUAUCCAAAGAUACCUGGAGUGAUAUCUGCAUCAUCAUUUGAUGGUAAAAUUGGAAUCUAUAAUAUUGAGGGUUGCAGCCGGUAUGGUGGAGGGGAGAAUGAAUUUGGUGCAGCUCCUUUGAGAGCCCCAAAGUGGUAUAAACGUCCGAUUGGAGCAUCUUUUGGCUUUGGAGGAAAACUUGUUUCAUUUCAUCCUAAGUCAGCUGGUGCUUCAGAGGUCUCUGUGCACAACUUAGUUACAGAACACAGUUUGGUGAGUCGUUCAUCUGAAUUUGAGGAAUCAAUAAAGAAUGGAGAGAGGUCUUCCCUGAGGAUUUUAUGUGAGAAAAAAUCGCAAGAGAGCAAGUCUGAGGAUGACCAUGAAACAUGGGGUUUCUUAAAAGUUAUGUUUGAAGAUGAUGCGAGGACAAAGUUGAUUACCCACUUUGGUUUUAGUUUACCUAAAGAGGAAAAAGAUACUGUGCCUGAUGAUCUUUCCCAGGAAGUAAAUGCUGUUACGCUGGAGAAUUCAGCAACAGAUAAAGUGGUAGAUGGGGGGGAUAAAGUAUCCUCUAUCUUUGCUGCUGAUAAUGGGGAAGAUUUCUUUAACAAUCUUCCAAGUCCCAAAGCUGACACACCUGUAUCAACUUCUGUCAAUACUUUUGCUGAGGAUUCUGGUCCUAGUGCACAAGAAAUGCAGGAAGAAAUGGAUGGACUGGAGGAGAGUUCUGAUCCAUCAUUUGAUGAUAGUGUUCAACGUGCUUUGGUUGUGGGAGACUACAAGGGGGCAGUUGCACAGUGCAUAUCUGCAAAUAAAAUGGCUGAUGCUUUAGUUAUUGCUCAUGUUGGUGGUACUGCCUUGUGGGAGGGCACACGUGAUCAAUAUCUCAAGAUGAGUCGUUCACCUUAUCUAAAGGUUGUGUCUGCAAUGGUGAAUAAUGAUCUCCUGAGCCUUGUGAACACCAGGCCUCUAAAAUUCUGGAAAGAAACACUUGCCCUUCUCUGUACGUUUGCUCAGAGAGAGGAAUGGACUGUGCUUUGUGAUGCACUUGCUUCAAAGCUAAUGGCAGCUGGGAAUACAUUGGCAGCAACUCUGUGCUAUAUAUGUGCAAAUAACAUUGAUAAAACAGUUGAAAUUUGGUCAAGGAGCCUAGCAACUGAGCAUGAAGGGAAAUCCUAUGUUGAUCUUCUUCAAGAUUUGAUGGAGAAGACUAUUGUUCUCGCUUUGGCAAGUGGACAGAAGAGAUUUAGUGCAUCUCUGUGCAAGCUUGUUGAGAAAUAUGCAGAAAUUUUAGCUAGUCAAGGCCUUCUAACAACUGCAAUGGAGUACUUGAAACUUUUGGGAUCAGAUGAAUUAUCUCCCGAACUUUCAAUCUUAAGAGAUCGUAUUGCUUGCUUUAUUGAACCUGAGAAAGAAGCUACUGCUGUGUCUUAUGAGAACUCUCAACUACAAAAUAGAUCAGUGCAUGGUGUUGAUCAUUCCAAUUUCGGCAUGGUUGACUCCUCUUAUCAUUAUUAUCAUGAACCAGCACCUGCCCAAUUGCAUCAGACAGUUCCUGGCAGUUUGUAUGUUGAGAAUUAUCAACCACCAUCGGCUCCUUAUGGGAAUGGCAGAGGAUUCGGUGCUUCUGCACAGUACCAGCCUGUGCAACAACCUAGCUUAUUUAUACCAUCUCCGGCAACUCAGCCACAUUUUACUCCUUCUGCUCCCUCACAGCCUGCUAUGAGGCCCUUCAUUCCUUCAACUCCUCCUGUGCUGAGAAAUGCUGAUCAAUAUCAGCAACCAACUUUGGGUUCUCAAUUGUAUCCUGGGACUUCUAACGCAGGUUAUCAUCCUGUACCUCCUGGGCCUGAUGCUCAUGGGCCAUCACCUUUGGCAUCUGUUCCUGGCCCUAAAAUGCCAAAGGUUGUAGCUCCUACAACUGCUCCUACAACUACACCAAUGGGAUUUAUGCCCAUGACUGGUACAGGCGUUGUUCAAAGAUCUGGGGUGGGACCAAUGCAACCAGCUAGUCCGACUCAGGCAGCACCUAUACAACCAGCUGUUCCACCUGCAGCAGCACCACCAACAAUACAGACUGUUGAUACAUCAAAUGUACCUGCUCAUCAAAAACCUGUCAUCAUGACAUUGGCAAAACUUUAUAAGGAGACAUCAGAAGCACUGGGAGGUGCUCGUGCUAAUCCAGCCAAAAAGCGUGAAAUAGAAGAUAACUCAAAAAAGCUAGGGGCCUUGUUUGCCAAGCUCAACAGCGGGGACAUCUCUAAAAAUGCGGUUGAUAAGCUUAUUCAGCUCUGCCAAGCUUUGGACAAUAAUGAUUUUAGUACAGCCCUACAAAUCCAGGUACUUCUUACCACAAGUGAGUGGGAUGAGUGCAAUUUCUGGCUAGCCACACUUAAAAGAAUGAUCAAGACAAGACAGAAUGUUAGAUUAAGUUAAGAAGAGACAAAAUCCUUGGGGAAUUAAUCCCCAGUUUGCAUAUUUUUUGUUUCAUAUAUCUGGUGAUCUACUCAGGCAGUGACGUUUUAAUUAGAUGUACACAACAAUUGUUUCAUCAGGAUUUUGGAUCGACGGUUUUCUUACUUACAAGAUAUUGACUGGGGUGGAAGCGCAGUUAGUGAAGAUAGUUUUCAGUACAUGAAUGCAGUUGACAAUUGAUUUUGUUAUUCAGUUGAUAUUUGAGAAAAUAGAGUUUUAUAAA